AUGACUACGACGGAAAAUAUUACAAAAAUCACCACCAUUCAAGAAAGGUUAAAGGAUAAGGAAAGCAAAUUCUUAAGUGCCAACGAGGAGGAAGAGGAAGCAGACACAGAAGCAGACGCAGAAGCAGAGGAGCAAAAAGAAACAAUCGAUGAGAGCACAGUAAAAGAAAUUAUAGAAGACCUAAAUUUGUUAAAAGACGUAGAAAUAAAUAAAGACAUUUUAAAGCAAACCAAAAUAGGAGUAACCGUGAAUAAAUUUACCAAAAUAAAAAACGAGGAAAUACAAAAUGUUGCAAAGGAUCUUGUCGAUAAGUGGAAAAAUAUUGCUAUAAAGGAAAAACAAUCCUCAUCCGGUAGUAAAAGUGCAGAAAGUCUGAAGAAAAGAAAAUCUGAUCUAGUCGAAGCGAGUGACAACCACACAUGUUCAGAGGAUUACGAAUUAAAAAAGGUGAAAGUUAAAAAUGCCAAUGAGAGUGACCCGAAUAAUAAGACGGAUGACCCCCCCCUCCACAGCAAAAAUCACAAUAGUGAUAACAUACCAAUAAAAGGAGGCAUAAAAAAUAGCUACCAGUUUAGCCAACUUAAACACAUUAACACAGAUUUAAAGGCACUCUCUGAGUGGAAUUAUAACGGAAAAUUUCACAAUGACGUACUUCGAGAUAAAGCGAAGCAAUUUUUAUUUAAAGCUUUCAUUACCGGGUCAGAUGAUAAUUUGCUCUACCUUAUUGAUAGAAAAAAACUAAACGAAAUUAUAUACAAUAUAGAAAAUGAAUUACACAAAUUUUUUAUCGAAAAAAAACAAUCACAGAAAGAGUAUAAUAUGCAAUUAAAAUCAAUAAAAUUUAAUUUAUGUGAUAAAAAAAACCCAAGUUUUAACGAAAAAAUUUAUGCAGAAUACAUCUCUCCAAAAAGUGUAGCCACCAUGAAUUCUCAAGAAAUGGCUAGCGAUGAGAAAAAAAAGGAACGGAACAAAUGCCUGCAAGAAAGUUUACAGGCUUGUCAGUCCGACUGGGAUGUUAAAAAUAUUCUUUUAAAAAAAAACAGGAAGGGCGAAUUUCAGUGUUUUAAAUGUAAGGGCUAUGAUACUGUCUACCACCAGCUGCAAACUAGGAGCAGCGACGAGCCCAUGACCACCUUCGUCACGUGCUUGAAAUGUAACAACCGUUGGAAAUUCUGA